UUCGUGAAGUCGAGGUCUCUGUAUUCGCUGAAUUAGCAAAAUGUCUGGUCGUGGAAAGGGCGGCAAAGUCAAGGGAAAGGCAAAGUCGCGCUCCAACAGAGCGGGAUUGCAAUUUCCCGUGGGUCGUAUUCAUCGUUUGCUGAGGAAAGGAAAUUACGCCGAGCGCGUUGGUGCCGGUGCUCCGGUUUACCUGGCCGCGGUAAUGGAAUAUCUUGCCGCUGAAGUAUUGGAGUUGGCAGGCAACGCGGCUCGCGACAACAAGAAGACGAGAAUCAUCCCUCGUCAUUUGCAACUUGCCAUCCGUAAUGACGAGGAGUUGAACAAACUGUUGUCUGGUGUAACCAUCGCCCAAGGUGGUGUUUUGCCGAACAUCCAGGCUGUACUGCUGCCCAAGAAAACCGAAAAGAAAGCAUAAUCAUAAUCAUCAUUCGAUAUCAUCAUCAAAUGGCCCUUUUCAGGGCCACAAAAUCUUAUGACUGGAAUAAAUCUUUGCAUCGCAAUAAAUUUAACAUAGUUAAUGUUAUAGUUAAUAACACUUUUUACAAAGUUGAUAAUAUAAUAAAGUUCUCUAACAUACUUUAAGUACGCUAACAAUUGACAUGAGGCAAUUCUCAUUGUAUAAAAUACGUUUACAAGACAUUACACAAUUACACAAUUUUAAGUAAUUGCUUUAUGAUGAAAUAUUUAUUAUAUUGAAUUUAAAAUGCACAAUCUUAUUACAAAUUAACAUCAAACUAGGAAAAUAACUUAUCGAUGAAUCACAAUAUUUCCAUAGUGAUGCAUGGCGAAAAUAUUUUAGACGA